GUUUUAGACUUUUGAAUGUGGUAGUUGGAGGAGUGUCCACUUGUGACAUAGAAACUCCAGUUUACAUAUUUCCAUGUCAUCAAAAAACAUGAACAGCCCACUCCUAUCCAACUGCUGUGGAUUUUGAGGUAUACACAACCAAAAAAGAAAGCAUCUUUUGAUUGUUGUUAUAGAAGUCAUAAUCCAAAUUAGAAACACAAAGAUACAAACGGCCAAUCAUUAGCAUACAAGGUGGAGAAGUUUGAACAGAUCAACCAGUUCUGCCACCCAAGCAUGACAACUUUCUGAUUUUGCAAGCAAUCAACUAAAAUCUUCCCGGAAAUAAGUCCUAAACUAGCUUUAAAGGAAGUUAACCUUCCACUACUGCUGGAUGUGAUAAGGUUGUCGAGCCAGUGCCGUCAAUCCUGGAUAUCGGAGCCUUGCGGCCAACCAUGAAAACGCUAUCACGGGUGGUAUAUGAAGAAUUCAAUUCAUAGCUUCCAUGAAGCUUCCUCCAUGUGCAAGAAUGACAAGGGGAGCUUCCUCAACCACCAUUGAAGCUUCCUCAUGUUCCAUUGAAGCUUCCUCCUAGCUUCAACACAUCUUCCUCCCACCUUCAUACUAUCUUGUUUUGGUACUAUAAAUAGAGAGCUUGGAGAGUCUUUCUAUCAUCAAGCAAUUUAGAUCAUAGAUUAGAAUACCACAACCAAGUUUGAGUUGUGAAUAUCCUUGAGAGAUAUGUGAGGUGUUGUUUUGAGAGUUUUUAGUUAGAGCUUGUAUGUCUCUUCUUUCUAUUCUUGAAAGUAAUAGAAGUGUUUUUCUCUCAUAUUAGCACGAUCCUGUUAUUCCCAACAAGUGGUAUCAGAGCCUGGUUGAGCUUUUGAUACUUUUCCCAGAUUUUUUCACAUAAAAUUCUAUUGUCUGAAAAUCGAGUUUUUCAGUAUUGCUCGGAAUUGCAAUCUGAAUAUACCGUUGGAUUCGUCUCGUCGAGACGAGAAAACUGGUAUUUUUGGGGAUUUUUUUGGCCACCGGAAGCUGCCGUACGCGCCGCCAAACGCUGGCCAAAAACUGUCUGCGUCAUGCUGACGUCAUCGCGCGCAGACAGAGGUUGAAGACAGCUGAUGUCAUCGCUGACGUCAUCAGCCAGCCGGAGCUGCGUCAGCGACACGUCAGCGCCACAUGUGCAGUCCCAGCACAGUCAGCCGCCACGUCACCAGUCAACUGCCAACUUUCACCAGCGCCCAGUCAGCUGCCACGUCAUCGCCCAGUAACCGCCACGUCACUGCCACGUCAUCUGCCACGUCACCGGUCAGUUUGUAAUUUUGAAAAUUUGCAGUUUGGUCCCUCAAUUUUUGGAAAAUUAUAAUUUCCACCUAUAAUUUUUCGAAAAUUGUAUUUUGACCCCGAAAGUGCCUACCCACCACUUUCGGCCGUUCCGGACGCAACGGUGCUGCCCGUUUUUCAAAAUUCUGCUCCGAUUUUUCUGAAACAGAAAAUCAAAAUUAUUUAGAAGGUGAAAAUGACCUUUGACGAGUCAACUUCAUCUUCCGGAGCUAUGAUUAUGCUCACGGCUACCAACUACACGCUAUGGAAACCUCGGAUGGAAGAUUUCCUUAGUUGUAAAGACCUUUUUGAUCCAAUAGAGAUGAAAGGUAUUAAUUCUGAUCCGGCCAAGUCAACGGAGUGGAAGAAAAUUAUUAGAAAAACUAUUGGUCAAAUCCGACAAUGGAUUGACCAUAGUGUCUUCCACCAUGUUGCACAAGAAACCGAUGCUUAUGCCCUUUGGAAAAAGUUAGAUAUGUACCAGGCCAAGACCGCUAGGAACAAGGCCCUACUGAUGAGGCGUCUUGUCAAUAUGAAGCUCAAAAUUGGAAUUUCUGUUGCCGAACAUACUAGUCAAUUUCAGAGUCUGGUAAAUCAACUAUCUUGUGUAGAAAUGCCACUUGGAGAUGAAAUGCAAUCUCUACUGCUUCUUAGUUCCCUUCCUGAUAGUUGGGAGACACUAGUUGUUACUCUCAGCAACUCAGCCCCAGAUGGCAAACUUACCAUGUCUGUGGUCAAGGAUGCACUGUUCAAUGAGGAGGCAAGAAGGAAAGACAUGAGCACAGAUGAGACUCAUGUCCUUGUGACAGAGAAUAGAGGAAGAUCACAAGGAAAACAACAAAGAAACAGUAGAGGGAAAUGGAAAAGCAGGGGCAAAAGUCGGGGGAGAUCAUCAGAUGGCCGAAAACCUUCUUAUACCUGCCACCAUUGCGGUAUAGAGGGUCACAUGAAGAAGAAUUGCUACAAAUUGCGAGAGGAGCGAGGCAAGAGCAAUUCUCAAGCGAAGAACAAGGGUGGUGAAGCGCUCAUCACAAUCUCAGGUGAUGUGGCGUAUUGUACUGCCAAUGAUGAAACAUGCCUUCACGUCUCAAGAGAGGGCACUGAAUGGGUGGUAGAUACUGCAGCAUCCUACCAUGUUACUCCCCACAGGUACUACUUCACAACUUACAAAGCUGGAGACUUUGGAGCAGUGAAGAUGGGCAAUUCCAGUUCCUCUGGAAUAGCUGGAAUUGGUGAUGUACAAAUAAAGACGAGUUCUGGGAGCACAAUCAUUUUGAAGGAUGUCAGACAUGUUCCAGACCUUCGUCUCAAUCUCCUGUCAGUGGUAUGUCUUGACGAAUAGGGAUAUGAAAACCACUUUAACAGGGGCACCUGGAAAAUGUCAAAGGGCGUUUUGACAAUCGCUCGAGGACAUGUUUGUGGCACAUUGUACAAAACUCAUUUGAGGAUUUGUACAGAUAGCCUCAAUAUUGCUGAGGAGAUUACUCAGAAUCUGUGGCAUCUGAGGCUCGGCCACAUCGGUGAGAAAGGGUUGACUACCUUGAUGAAGAAGAACCUUAUCAACAUCGACAAGAACGCUGCACUGAGUCCUUGCAGUCAUUGUCUGUUUGGUAAGCAACACAGAGUAUCAUUUAAUUCUACUUCAACUAAAAGAUCGGAGUUGUUAAGUUUGGUACACUCCGAUGUCUGUGGUCCUUUUGAGGUGGAAUCAAUCGGUGGAAGCAGAUUUUUUCUGACUUUUAUCGAUGAUGCUUCUCGGAAAGUGUGGGUGUAUUUCCUUAUUACGAAGGAUCAGGUAUUUGAGUACUUCAAGACAUUUCACGUCUUGGUGGAACGUGAAACGGGAAAGAAGCUGAAAUGUCUUCGAUCAGAUAAUGGAGGCGAGUAUACUUCCAAGGCAUUCGAUGCAUAUUGUAGAGAAUAUGGCAUUCGACAUGAGAAGACAGUACCACGCACCCCUCAGCACAACGGCGUUGCUGAAAGAAUGAACCGGACUAUCAUGGAGCGUGUUCGGAGCAUGCUGAAUAUGGCUAAACUUCCGAAGUCAUUCUGGGGAGAAGCAGUCAACACAGCAUGCUAUCUUAUCAACCGAUCACCUUCAGUACCACUGAACUUUGAAGUUCCAGAGAGACUAUGGACAGGUAAGGAUCCUACAUACUCACAUCUUAGAGUAUUUGGUUGUUCAUCGUAUGCACAUGUAUCCAAAGAGCUCAGGCAGAAGCUCGAUGCAAGAACUAUCUCAUGCAUUUUCGUUGGCUAUGGAAAUGAAGAGUUUGGAUACAGGCUAUGGGAUCCUAAGGAGAAAAAGGUGUUCAGAAGUAGGGAUGUUAUGUUCCACGAAGAUUUGACAAUAGAAGACAUUGAAAAACCCACAAUGUCUCGGAAGUCAAAUGAGGGUGUUCAAGUUUCAAAUGAAGUACCAGAAGAGGACAAAUUGCAUGAAGAUAACUCUGAAGCAGAAGAAGACGAGGAGACAGAAGAGAGUGCAGGGCAAGGGGAGACACAAUCCACCCCAUCAGACACAGAUGAUGGUAGCUCUUCUCAGAUGGUUCCUACUGUUCGUAGAUCUGAACGAGGGCAUAUACCAUCGACAAGGUACACAUCAUCUGAAUAUCUUUUGUUAACUGAAGAUGGAGAACCAGAGAGUUUUCAAGAAGCUGUAUCUCAUAAGGAUAAAGAAAAAUGGCUAAUAGCAAUGCAGGAUGAGUUAGAAUCUCUGCAGAAAAAUCAAACUUAUGAGAUCGUAGAACUUCCUAAAGGGAAGAAGGCACUGAGGAACAAAUGGGUGUUCAAGCUGAAGAAGGAUGCAAACGGACAAGUGGUGAAACACAAAGCUCGGUUGGUUGUCAAAGGGUUCCAGCAGAAGAAAGGAAUUGACUUUGAUGAGAUCUUUGCACCAGUUGUCAAGAUGACCUCGAUCCGAAUUAUACUUGGCUUAGCAGCAAGUAUGAACUUGGAGCUUGAACAGAUGGAUGUGAAGACAGCAUUUCUUCACGGAGAUUUGAAAGAAGAAAUCUAUAUGCACCAGCCGGAAGGUUUUGAGAACUCAAAUGAUAAUUUUGUGUGUAAAUUAUCUAAGAGUUUGUAUGGCUUGAAGCAGGCACCAAGGCAGUGGAAUAAGAAGUUUGACUCAUGCAUGAAGAGUCAAGGCUACAAGAAGACUACUGCAGAUGAGUGUGUAUACAUCAAGAAACUUCCAGACGGUACCUUCAUUGCUCUUCUACUAUAUGUAGACGACAUGUUGAUCGUUGGGAAAGAUGCAGUGAAGAUAAACCAACUGAAGAAAGAACUCUCUAAGUCUUUUGAUAUGAAAGACUUAGGACCGGCUCAACAGAUUCUUGGGAUGCAGAUCACUCGAGACAGGAAGAAUCGCAAGUUAUGGCUAUCUCAGGAGAAGUACAUUGAACGAGUACUUGAGAGAUUCAACAUGAAUGAUGCCAAGCCAGUAAGUGUUCCACUUGCGAAUCACUUCAAGUUGAGCAAAAGAACAUGCCCUACAUCCAAGGAAGAGAUCGGGGAGAUGUCAGCAGUUCCAUAUUCUUCAGCAGUUGGGAGUUUGAUGUACGCCAUGGUAUGCACAAGGCCAGACAUCGCACAGGCAGUGGGUACAGUGAGUCGUUUUCUCUCUAACCCCGGGAAGGAGCAUUGGGAGGCAGUCAAAUGGAUUCUCAGGUACUUGAAAGGUACCACGAAGUUAUGUCUUUGUUACGGAGGAGCUGAUCCAGUCUUGGAAGGCUACACAGAUGCUGAUAUGGCAGGAGAUACUGAUAGUAGAAAGUCUACUUCAGGAUAUAUCUACACUUUUGCAGGGGGAGCCGUUUCUUGGCAAUCAAGAUUGCAGAAGUGUGUCGCUUUAUCUACAACAGAAGCAGAAUACAUUGCUGCCGCUGAAGCAGGUAAGGAAAUGUUGUGGCUAAAGCGUUUUCUCCAAGAACUUGGGAUCCAUCAGAAAGAGUAUAAGGUACAUUGUGACAGUCAGAGUGCUCUAGACUUGAGCAAGAACUCCAUGUACCAUUCUCGUACAAAGCAUAUUGACAUUCGGUAUCACUGGAUACGGGAGACGAUUGAUCAACAACUGUUGAGACUAGUGAAGAUCAAUACAAAGGAGAAUCCAUCAGACAUGCUGACGAAGGUGGUGACACGGGAUAAGCUAGAGCUGUGCAGAGACAUAGUCGGGAUGCUUGUUUUGAAUAUACCUGGAAGGGGAGAAUUGAAGAAUUCAAUUUCCAGGUCAUAUCCAAGUACAAGCAAAUUGAAGAAUCCAAUUCAUAGCUUCCAUGAAGCUUCCUCCAUGUGCAAGAAUGACAAGGGGAGCUUCCUCAACCACCAUUGAAGCUUCCUCAUGUUCCAUUGAAGCUUCCUCCUAGCUUCAACACAUCUUCCUCCCACCUUCAUACUAUCUUGUUUUGGUACUAUAAAUAGAGAGCUUGGAGAGUCUUUCUAUCAUCAAGCAAUUUAGAUCAUAGAUUAGAAUACCACAACCAAGUUUGAGUUGUGAAUAUCCUUGAGAGAUAUGUGAGGUGUUGUUUUGAGAGUUUUUAGUUAGAGCUUGUAUGUCUCUUCUUUCUAUUCUUGAAAGUAAUAGAAGUGUUUUUCUCUCAUAUUAGCACGAUCCUGUUAUUCCCAACAGUAUAGUCGAUAGCGGAAUGACAGCUGCUAUUGAGACAAUGUUAGAACAGGAGGAUGAAAAUAGUGAAAUAUAAGGGUGUGAAAUAUGGCUGAACCGGAUAUCACUUCUAGUCACGUAUUAAAUACGUUUUCCUAAAAGUUUACUAUCUACCCUUAUCAAAGUAACCGGGUUACAAGAUAGAACUUUUGGGAUAAAAAGGUGUAUGAUGUAUUUUAGUUACCGAUAAAAU